AUGUAUUUACGGACAUCAGACCGUGAAAAAAAUGAUUCAGAUAUGGUAGUCGAAGGAUCAAAGAUCUGUAAAACAGUAAAAAUAUUUAGAAUGAAUUUAAAAGAAGGCUUUUUCGCUUCCCCCUUUAAUAGUUCGGAUGAUGAAAUAGAUCCAAAUACUGAUGAAGGACAGGAAGUUCUCUCUCAACCUGCUGCCACUAAGUGGGAAUUAUGGGGUUAUUAUCUUUAUUAUAAUGGUGAUAAUGGUUACACCAUGAACAGCUAUAUGUUGAAUAUUUUACAGUAUCUUGCCUAUAAUGGUGGGUUCUACCCUGAUACACCUAAUGUUAAGGGUUGUGAUAUUCACGAUAGCGAUAGGAAUUGCUACGUCCUUUGGUCGGGUACUAAGGGUAUACCGGUACCUUCCAUGAUGCUUUAUGUUCAGGCCAUUUCAUUUUCUAUCCAAUUCGUUCUUUUCACUACAUUUGGCAGUCUUGCUGAUUAUGGCAAAUGGAACAGAUACAUUUUAUUAGUGGCUACAGUCAUAGGCUGUGUCACUCAAAUUGUUCCCGUUGCUUUUUACAAAGAUGAUGGAUCCAGUUGGAACGCUAUGCUGGCUAUUAUGAUUAUUGCCUUGAUUUCUUAUGGAACGUCUCUUGUAUUUUACGGUGCUGCUUUCCCCACCCUAAGGUUUAAAAUCUGGAAAGAAAAAGUAUCAGUUAUUGAUGUAACACAAGCUAAUUUUCUGUUUAGUGAUAACUUACCUAUCGUCCGUAAAGCCCGUGGCGAUCCUAGCUUAUCAAAAAACGAAAAAUCUGUUGUUAUCGAGAAAUGGAGAAAUCACGUAUCUGCUAUCUCUACAGUAUUUUCAAAUAUCGGUUUUUUAAUCAUGACAGGUAUUUUAUCUGGAAUAUCGUUUCUUCCUUGGAAAAAUUAUAAUUUUUAUAACGAUGAUGAACAUGUAUUGGGUAAUGUUCCUCUAUUCAAUUUUAUUUCCACUGCUGUGUGUGGUGUAUUUUGGGUUAUUAAUGCGAUACCUUACUUCGUGGCUGUACCAUCCAAAAGACAAGGUCCACCCCUCCCUAGCAAUGCCAAUCAUUUUACAAUUGGUUGGAAAUCAAUUUUCGUUGCUGUAAAAGAAGCCCGCAAGUUAAAAUACUUGUUUAUGUAUAUAAUUUCUUACUUCAUGUUCGCCGAUGCUAUUUCAACUACUAACCAAAUGAUUGGUAUAACCCAAGCUCAAAUCACAGACUUUAAUGCUCAGCAGAUCACCAUUCUUAAUUUGGCUUCUGCUGUCACAUCUAUUAUCGGUUGUUUAUUCUUCCUCUGGUUGUCUAAACGCUUUGGUGUCAAAACAAAAACAAACUUGCUUAUUAUUGUUGGUCUUUCUGGUGUGGUUGCACUUUGGGGAUGUUUUGGUAUUCGAUUUAACAAUUUUGGUAUCAAGACCACUUGGGAAUUGUGGGUGUUCUAUGUCUGGACCGGUUUAUUUUCUGCUCCUAUCUGGGCAUGGCAAAACACCAUGUUAGCGGAACUCAUACCUCGAGGUAAGGAAAAUUUGUUCUUUGGUCUCUUCGGUGUAAUCAAUAAAGCAUCUUCUUGGAUUGGUCCUGUCAUUAUUGGUGCAAUUACCCAGUAUACUGACAACCUUUGGAAAGGAUGGCCUUUUGUCCUUGCUUUGUUUGUUGUAUCGCUCGUAAUCAUUUGGUUUAUUGAUGUCGAUAAGGCCAAGCUUGAUAUCGAAAAGUAUUUAGGUCAAGAGGAGAUUGACCAUGUUGAUUAUGAUAAUAGUUCGCCACCAGUUUAUAUUGAAGAAAAAACCAGUGUCUAG